AUGGCGAGCCUUGCCACCUCCAUCGACAAGGCCAAGGGGACGAUCCAGCCCAUGUUAGAUACGCUGAACAGCGGCCAUGGGAUCGAGCAGCUCCGCGUGGCCAUGCAGCAGAUCAUUUCCACCUUGAGGACUCACGACCUUGCACUAGAUCAGCAGAUCCUUGUCAAGCGGUGCGGUGUGCACUCGACGAACAGAUUUGGAGAGGGCCUUGACUUAGCCGUGAUGAUCAGGAACAUGAAGUCAAUCAUUCGGACAGGCUUUGUAUUCGAGGAGUUCAAGUGCAUCUGCUUCGAGGUGCCCUCGGACCCUGCCACGCGCGACGCAGAAUACGAGUUCAACCGCAGGCUUGCGGUUGCAUCCCAUGGGCAUCUCCCUUCCAUCGAGAAGCACGACCUGCAGUACUUGGCCAUCGCUGGUUCGCAUUCGACGGCGGCCAUGCGAGCAAUCCAGCAGGGCUGCUACUCCGACUACGCCGACGUCUGCGAUGAGAACAACAAGAUAUGCACGGCCAAGGUGUACGCCAAGUGUCCGUCUUACAAGGAACCCAUCGAAAACGGUGCACCCGCCCUCGUCAUCCGCAGCGAGGUCCUGACAGUUUUCCCAGGCUUGCCUGACUUAUUGCAAGACGCAGCCAAUGAUACUCAUGAGUCAAUCGGGAGACAGACGAAGGUGGCGACACUUCUCCAGAUCUACAAGCAGUCGCGCGCGAACCAGAAGAAGUCGCAGGACGCGAAUUGGACUCAGAUCGCAAACAAGAUCGAGCGAUCCAAGGGCCACUUGAAGGGCCAGGUCGCUGACAUGUGUGCGUUUGUGCAGAACUACGGCGGUGCCGGCGGCGAGUACAUCCACGACUUGUGCGAUUGCGCAACGACUAUCGGGGAGCAACGCCGUGACAUCGCAGGCGUCACCUUUGGCGUCAUGUCCAAGCUUUGCUUCCAGCAGGGGCCUCGGUUUGUGAUUGCACUGGCAAAGGCAUGCCUCGUCGCCCCCGCGGGCAAGGAUCCCACCGCCAAGCUGUUCACCUCGACCGAUUUGGCCUCGCUCGGACAGACGGGCAGCCCCCUUCGCGUCGCAGCCAUCGAGCUCCAGACAACCUCCGAGGCGCUCAGGAAGUUCUUGCAGGCCGUGCCCAAUAUGGAGAAGGGGCACAUGGCGAAGUACAUUGGGGAUCUCGAGGUGAGGAUGGUGCUGCUCGCCUUGAAAAAGGUUCCAAGGGUGAACAGAGCUGCACCCUUCAAAACAACUGAAGACAUCGCCAAGCUGUUCUUCGAUGAGGUCCUGGCCACUUACGACUACUCCGAGGAGAUCGCGAUGCCGUACAUGCCAUCGGGACUGAUCACGUCUGCAGAGUCUCCUUCAUCGAAGGCGGACUCGUCUUCUUCACCGUUUGCGGACUCAUCUCCUCUCUACAACAAGAUGCUCCUGAAGAACGGGUCCCAGAAGGGCGUCAUCAUCAAGACUAUGACUGGUGACCACAACGACCAUUACAUCUUCAAAGACACCUCGGACGGCAAUGUCACAAUCGAGCUCGCGACCAAGUGCGACGAGCCUACCGGGCGCCUCUCCGAGAAGAAGGCUGCGACGACCACCGUGCUGCCCUUCAAGAUGGUGAUCGAUGACUAUCAGGUUGCGCCCACGUCGGACGAGGUGGGGGUGCUCGUGGACGAGACUUUCGACGGGCUCGACCACGACGAGGUGGCGACUGAGCUGCUGAAGGUGCGGAUGGCAGUGUGCACGGCCUACAAGUCCUACCAGAAGGACAUCAAGGUUGAGAUCACCGUCAAAAAGGGGAGCAAGGGGGUAGUGGCCUCUAAGGACUACCCCAAGGGGGCCCUGCGUCUGGUACCCCUGACGCCCAACCUAGGGUGCGGCACAAAAAUCCCCUCGUCUGCCAUUGACGUUCCUUGGGCGCGCCCGAAGCACAACCCCUCGCUGCGCAUCUACUUGAGCCCCAAGCUGGAGCCAGCCCCGAACAAGUUCAAAGUCCCCCUCUGGUACGUUGCUGGUAGCCCAGACAGCGACGUAUGCAACGUGGUUUGGUCUCAUGAUGUGGUGGUUCUCACAGACUCGAUUGGUGCGACCCCGAGCUCGGCUGAGUACAAGGUCCCCGUUCUGGUGAAUCGCAAAGCGAUCGCCGCUGGCUUCGAGCUGAUUUACAAAGUAGCAGAUCCCAAUGCCAAUAAGAGGGUCACUGGCUCGAGCCCCCGAUCGGGCAAGAGAGCCAAGCAGCACUAG